CCUCUCUGCGGCACGCGAAACUCACAAUCGUGAUAGCAUCAGCACACCACAGCACGGACGGAGAUCAGUGUGCGAUUUUUGCAUGUCGAGACGACUGAUACAUAAUUUGCAGAGAUUUUCUCGCGUCUGAGGUCGCGGGGUUGCAAUCCAUAUACACGAAGUGUUUCCAGAAAAGCGCCUAUUCUAUUGUUCCUAGUGUAGAGUAGGUAAUUCUUCUAGUGGACACUUUUUCGAAUCCUAGUGAAACGUUCUACGAAUUUAUAAAGUAGUGCAGCAAGGGAGGAUACGGAGGAAUUUCGAAAGCAGAACAGAAUCUCGUUGCGUGCGGAAAGCUUCACGCGAAACGCUUCGCUGUACACAAAGGAAACAGACUCAUUACACACCCACCAGAAAAUUAUUCGAUCGAACAACAUGCGCGUGGAAAUGAAUCUCGACAUCCAGGAGUCGCGGGAUCUCCAGGAGGACUUCGACACUCGCUUAGCGCAGUUCAAACAGGACCCGGACAAGAUGAGCGAUAUGAUGAUUUUCGUGGACGAUGUGCUGAGCGAGGCACAGAAGAGUGCCGAGGUAAAGCUGAACGAUAAAUCGGCGGAAGAGAGACCUAGAAAUGGAAAUAAACUUCUAAGUGGUCUAAAACAACAUCGAGUUGUUACCCGCACUCGAGGACUAGUUUUAAGAAUUUUCGAAGCGAUAUGCAACUGUACUAAUUCAGGGCCUCUCCCGGGCCAAAGACCAACCGGAGCUGCUACUAAUGUGGCCUCGCCUGCGGAAAAGUAGUCACUUUAUAUCUAUAAGGCUUAACUAUAAACGUUCAGUGUAAUACCCACAUAACCAAUACGCAUAAGGAGAGUAUUCUAUGCUGUGAACAUUCGAUGGAAUAACGGCGAAGAAAUCGUCGAACUCUUAGCACACAGAUUGCUGAAUAAUUAACGUGUGUGCUAUUCUUAUUUCAGUAUAUAUUCGUACAUUGCUAGGUAGUCCUGUGUAUUAUCAUUUGAGAAGAAUCUACACCGCUUUUUUCCCUAUUAACGGAACCUUUGGACGAACACUAUUCCUCUUUAUACAUCUGAUAUUUUACUAUUUUUAAGCUUAUGGACGCCGUUUUUGGCAAAAAAUAUACACAUAUUCCAACAAUGUAGCAAAGUUUCCUUCCACAAAAAAAUGCUUAUACCAGUGUCCUACGUGAAUGUCUACAAGAUACAAUCAAAAAUCUAUAAAUGGUUUCAUGGUGAAACUUCCAUGGUGAAGCUAAUCGAAUGAGUGUUUUAAUCAUAUUGUAUACACCUUUUAUACCUAUAUUAUAGGCUAGUUUUUCGCCUUUUCACCCAUUAUCUCAAAAUGCAUGUAGAAACGAUCAUUAACUCAACUUUAAACAAAAAACUUAUUUAUUUUGUAAAAUGGUAUAAACUACACAUCGGCAUUCCAGCAUUUUACGCUUUCUAAUUUUCAUAAUAAUAUUCUUGUCUGAAAAGCAUAUCUCAAAAUCUUGGAAAAAUCAAUAUUGUACCUAAAUCUCGUGUGCGCUCAAGGUAGAACAAGAUUGGAUGUAUCAGUUGAAUAUAUACAAUCGAUUAUAUAAUAAAAGCAUUAAAAGUGUAAUUAAAGACAAGAGGACUGAUUGAUCUCCAGCUUUAAACAAAUUUUAUUGAGUGAUUGAACCCAUGAAAUUUCUAGAUUAUAUUUUAGUAUCAUUCAUCAUACCCGCCCACCCGCGUAUACUUAUAAAGUGUGGAUGUUAUAAAUGAUAUAAAUGGUACAAUAUAUCUAUUAGUAUCAAUGCA